CUCACAGGCCCUGGGGCGCCCAACGAACGUCGUCUUCUGGCUCAUUUUCCCCCAGCCUCGCGGCCGCCGCUCUCUAUGUGGUUCUCCUAAGUCCCUUGUUGGUCCUGCAGUUAUGCCAGAAAAGGCCUCUGAAGUGGAGGAGCGCAUUGCUGCUUAAUGGCCCAUUCAAGAAUUCUCACCAGUUUCACUUGGGAGUGUGUCUGUGGAGCAACUCCUGCUAUGCCAGCAGAAUUUGCAGACCGAUUCCUCGCAGAUCUAACCAUGGGCCACGAAUUGGUAACAUUCAGGGAUGUGGUCAUCAGCUUCUCUCAAGAGGAAUGGGAAUACCUGGACUCUGCUCAGAGGGACUUAUACUGGGAUGUGAUGAUGGAGAACUACAGCAACUUGGUCUCGCUGGAUUUGGAAUCCAAGUAUGAGAUAAAGACUUUAUCGGUAGGAAAGGGCAUUAUUGAAAACAUUGGUUCUCAGUGUGAGAAAGUAAAAGAAAGUACUGAUUUCAUUGGUCUUGAGAGCACCAUUUGCAGAAAUGACAGGCAAAGCACAAACAAGAUUGAAGUACAAGUAUCUGCAAUGGCAUGUUUCCAUCAAAAGAAAACCACCACAGAAAAAGUACCCAAUUGCAAAAAUCAGGUGUCUCUUACAAUGCAUCAGAGAAAUCAUGACAGCAAGAAACCUUGUGAGUAUAAGGGAUGUAGUAAGGUCCUGAACUGUGACUUAAAGUUUGAUGACUAUGAGAAAAUAUACAGUGGUGAGAAAUUCAAUGAAUGUGAUAGAUGUUGGAAAACCUUUGGAGUUGAUGACCCACAUAACCUACAACUAAAUAUUCAUACUGAUGUGAAACCCUGUCUGUAUAUGAAAUAUGGGAAUGCAUUUAGUUUUUAUGAAGACCUUAGAGCACACCAUAAAAUUCAUGAUGAUCGGAAGUGCUAUAAAUAUAAGGAGUACAAAAGGACCUUUAGGAGAAAUGAAGAAACUACUCCACUUGAAAGAAUUCACAGUGGUGAGAAACCUUAUGAAUGCACUUUCUGUGGGAAGUCCUUUAGAGUUCACGCACAACUUAAUCGACAUCAGAAAAUCCAUACUGAUGAGAAACCUUACAAAUGCAUGGAAUGUGGAAAGGACUUUAGAUUUCACUCACAGCUAACUGAACAUCACAGAAUUCAUACUGGUGAGAAACCAUACAAAUGUGAACAGUGUGAGAAGUUCUUUAGAAUUAGUUCACAGCUUAUUGAACAUCAGAGAAUUCAUACUGGUGAGAAACCUUAUGAAUGUAAAGAAUGUGGAAAGGCUUUCGGAGUCUGUAGAGAACUUGCCCGACAUCAGCGAAUUCAUACUGGUAAGAAACCUUACAAAUGCAAGGCAUGUGGAAAGGUCUUUAGAAAUAGUUCAUCCCUGACCAGACAUCAGAGAAUUCAUACUGGUGAGAAACCCUACAAAUGUAAAGAUUGUGGGAAAGCUUUUGGAGUAGGUAGUGAACUUACAAGACAUCAGAGAAUUCACAGUGGUCAGAAACCUUAUGAAUGUAAAGUAUGUGGAAAAUUCUUUAGACUUACUUCAGCCCUUAUUCAACACCAGAGAAUUCACAGUGGUGCGAAACCCUACGAAUGCAAGGUUUGUGGGAAGCUCUUUAGACACAGUUCAGCCCUUACUGAACAUCAGAGAAUUCAUACUGGAGAGAAACCUUAUGAGUGCAAGUCAUGUGGGAAGGCCUUUAGACAUAGUUCAUCCUUUACAAAACAUCAGAGAAUUCAUACAGGCAGUAACCAGCCAGGAUGGAGAAGUCAUUUGGAGUAACCAGCUCCAAAUGGAAAGAGCACUUUUAAAUAUUUGAUAAAAAGGAUUACUCUAGUUUAUCAGUCUCUUUAUAAAAAAAAAGGAACAAAUAUACAACUAUUAUAAUGAUUAUAAACAAAUCAGUGAACUUAUGAUAAAAGUUUUUAUUAUAUUACCAUGGCUUCAACAGGGUUUUUUUAAGAUCUAUUUUUAUUACAAUUUUCCUCUAUACUCCAAGUGUUAACUUACUGGGUUUUGGCAGUUGAAUAUUCAGUAGACCUUUGAUUUUAGUAAUCUUACCUGACUCCAAAACAAAGAAAUGAGACAGUCACAGAGAUAAUAUUGCAAACCUUACCUGUUUUAUCAUCCCUUUCUUAGUCAGGACAAUUGACACUAGUUAUACACUAAAUAUGAUCAAAAAGCACUGGUUAUUAUAAUUUUUUAAGAAAAUGUACCUAUUACCUUAAGUACCUAUUAUGUUACAUUUAUGUCAGAAUUAUUCACUAGAUUUUAAUUGCUGAAAUUCAUCUUUCCCAGAAACUUGACACUAACAACAGUAGUAAGGAAGCCAUUUUCUUGCUGGGUAUACUGAACUAUGUUUUUUUAAAUAUUCCUUGUUAGUAUUUUAUUUAACUUAGCAGUUACUCAAAACAUGUUAUUGGCAGAUAUUUCCUAUCUUACAUAGCAAGAGACUGAGUCCUUGUUAUUACCCUUUUAACGAGGAUGUUUGCUAUUUCAUACCUUUGAAAUUGAGAUUAGCACUGUUCACUGAGCUACCCUAUGAUCACAUUGCUGAUUCUCUCUUGAAGGGCACUCUGUGAGGUUAUUUUUUUUUAAUUUAUUUAUUUAUACAAGAACUGGGGUACAGGCCAGAUGCGUGGGAGGGUGAGAGGACUCACCAGAGAUAGAGCGGGGAACAGAACAGGCUGACUGACAAAAUACACUGCUGAGGGGAUCAGCAGGUGAGACAGGAGAGGUCUGCUGUGCCAUGUGGGUAUCUCCCUGGGCAGCAGGGAUCGAACCUGUGCUGCAGAGGCUGUGGACAACUUCACAGUGUGGCGCUCAGGCGCCUUCAUCACCAGGGAGGCCCUCUGUGUGGUUAUUUUAAGUUACUAACAACACUAAUUAAUUUCCUUCUUCUCCACAACUACCAGCCCUCCACUUCUUUGUGAGUUUUUUCCUUGCCUGCAUAUGCAAAUUAGAAUAAGCUAUCUAAACCUCCUAUACCAUGAAAUUAAGGCAAACAAAAUAACAGUAUAUCUUGGCACUUACUUUCUUGAGCAUCACUAGUGAAUAAAUGAAAAAUUAAUUAAUAUAACAUUUCUUUGUUAUGUCUCCCUUAUUUGUAACUGCAGAUACAUUUUGCUCAUAUUAAUUUUCCCUGAACUUUGUCAUGAACUCUUGUCAUUUUAUAUACUGUUACUCCAAUAAACCAUAAUUAUAUUGUUAACUCCUAUAAUGUGUUGCUUAAGUAUAGGAAUACAAAUGUGUAAUUAAGACUAUUUCAUUGUUGUGAGAAUGUCACAAGAGUGUACUCACACAAACCUACAAGGUAUAGCCUGCUACACGCCUAAGCCAUAUGGUGUAGCCUCUCCUGUAGCCUAGGCCACAAACCUGUACUAAGUACUGAUUGUAUCACGAUGUUAUUUCUAUAUGUAAACAUCCAGACAUUUUAAAAGACACAAUAAGAAUACAACAUUAAGACUAGAAAUGGAGGGCCUCCCUGGUUGCCUAAGGGGUAAGUCUUAUCACUAUCACUGCUAUGGCCUGAGUUCGAUCCCCAGCUAGCGAGCUAUCCACAUGGCACAACAGACCUCUCCUGUCUCACCUGCUGCUUCCCUCAGCAGUGUAUUUCAGUGGAUCUGACUAUUCUGCUCCCCACUCUGACUCUGGUGAAUCCUCUCACCCCGCCACACCUCUGGCCUAUACCCCAGUUCUAUGCAAGAAUAAAUAAAUAAAAUCUUAAAAAAGUAAACAAAAAUAAAAAGAUUACAAAUAGAACACUAACCAGAAAUGUGCAUGCAGUUGAGUGUCAGAGAGUGAUUGGUGAGUGAAAGAGAAGGCCUAGAACAUUACACACUACUCAAGGCUUUCUAAACACUGUAAUCUUAAGCUACCCUAAAUUUGUUUUAGAAAAAAUACUUUUCAAUAUUAAAUUAACCUUAGUUUACUGUAUAUAAACUUUUUGAUUAACUCUGACUCCUGUGUAGUGACUCUUAGCUUAUAAACACAUUGUAUAGCUACACAAGACUAUUUUCCUUAAGAUUCAUUUUUAUUUAUUUAUGCAUACAAAAUCUGGGGUAUAUAUUGCCAGAGGUGCAGGGGGUGGAGGAUUCACCAGAGACAGAGUGGGAAGCAGAACAGGCGGAUCGACUGACAUACACUGCUGAGGGGAUCAACGGGUGAGACAGGAGAGGUCUGCUGCGCCAUGUGGGUCACCUCCCUGGCCAGGGAUUGAAUUCGCGUUGAAGUGGCUACAGAUAGCUUCAUAGUGCCGACGCCUAACUCCUUGUGCCACCAGGAAGGCCCUCCCUCACUGUUCUUGAUUAUAGCUGGAAUGGGACAUGCCUGAGGAGCUGUAAUCAUCACUGACUGUCCUCUGUAUUCCUUAAUCAUAUUUGUUUCCAGGUAAAUCGCUCAAUGUGACCUCUUACUGGCAACAUUAGCAGCU